CUCAUAAAUAAUUCAAGUUUUAGGAGAGAAUGGAUAUAUAUAGGAAUAUCCAGUAGGUAGAAUUAUGAGAUUACUUAUAAUUUUAUUAGAUUACUGUAGACAUAAAUUAAAGUAGAAAAUGGUUGAUUUUAGAUAAUAAAAAUAGGAAUAUUAAAUAAAAAUAUUAUUAAAUAAAUAUGUUUUAUGGUAUAUAAUUAUCAGCAGGGGAAUCAUAAAAUAUUUAGAAUGUAGAUGAUCAUAAUUAAUUUGUAUUAUCAUAAGCAGUUUUGGUUAAGGGUAACAAUAUUAAUGUAUUAAUGAAUGGAAUAGUCAUAGCUUCGUUGAAUCAAGUAUGAUUAUAUUGAUGAAUAGAAAAAUUCUUAAAUGUCUCUUAGAAUUAAGAUCACACCUGAAUAACAAAUAGCAAAGCUUGAAGCAAAGGGAAAUGGAACUGUUCAUUUAUGUGGAUAUCACAUGAAAUUUGAUUUAGAAAAUGAAGAUGUUAAUUUACAAUCUGUAGCACAAUUAUUAAAAUAAAAUAAUCAAAAAACUCAAAAUCAAAUUUAAAAAUAAUCUGUUAUUUCUAUAAUUGAUAAUUAACCAAAAUGGGAUGAAAUGGAUUGGGAAGAUGAAUAAUUUUAAAAGAGAAUUAAAUGA